CGAGGCGAGACAUUAGACACAGCUGUGAUUUUUUGAGGUUAUGUUUAUCACAUUCCAACACCCACGACCGCGUUUAUAUCUAUUUUUAGUAUCAAUACGCGUGAAUUUCGACUAGUAGAACUCGUACGUCGUCGUGAUUACGCAUUAUAAUGCAUCUAAACGUCUAUAGUGAGCUCGUUAUUGUCGUGAGUUAGUGCAAAAAUGGGCAGGAAGAAGCCUCAUGUCGUUGCAAAAAGUAAACAACACGGUGGAUCGCAGAAAAAAAUAUCUUCAGUAAAAAGGAACGAAAUUAAUAUUCAAUGCGAGAAAAUCUUCCAUUUGUCAAGUAAUUCAGCUUACUUGAUGCGACUAUGGGACAACUACCUGGAGAUAUCGUCAGUUUUGGAAAAGGUUAAGCGUCUGGAGGAGAUGAAGACAGAGUCCACAAAAAGAUCUCAAACAAUCGAAAGAUUCAUGAAGUGGCUGAAAGAAAAUGAGGUUAAUAUGGAUGGUAUAUGCAUCUCCGAAUUUCCUGGAUACGAUUUAGGAUUGAAGGCUGAGAAGGAUUUUCCAGAGAAUCAGUUGAUUCUGGAGAUACCGAGGAAAUUGAUCUUUAGUACACAAGCGGCUGCACCAGAACUCCAGGCUUUGCAAAAUGAUCCUUUGGUUCAACAUAUGCCCCAAGUGGCUUUAGCAAUUGCACUUCUUGUAGAAAAGCACAAAGAAAAUUCGGAAUGGAAACCAUAUAUCGAUGCACUUCCUACCAGUUACUCUACUGUCCUUUAUAUGAACACAAAUGACAUGACUGAGCUGAAAGGAAGUCCUACUUUAGAAGCGGCUCUGAAGCAGUGUAGGAAUAUAGCAAGACAGUAUUCAUAUUUCAAUAGGCUCUUUCAAAAUACAAAAAAUGCUGUAUCAGACAUUCUCAGGGAUAUUUUCACAUAUGAAGAAUACUGCUGGGCAGUAUCUACUGUAAUGACUCGACUGAAUACAAUCCCAAGUGAAGAUGAGACACAAAUGAUUCAUGCCUUAAUUCCAUUAUGGGAUUUGUGCAAUCAUCAGGAAGGAAAGAUUACCACUGAUUUUAAUAAAAGUACUGACUGUUGUGAAUGUUACUCAAUGAGAGAUUUUAAAGUAGGGGAACAAAUCUUUAUUUACUACGGUCCAAGAACGAAUUCUGAUUUCUUCGUUCAUUCAGGCUUCGUUUAUCCGGACAAUAAGCUAGAUGGUUUCAAACUCCGUCUUGGCAUCAGUAAAGCUGAUUCACUUCAGAAGGAAAGAUUACAACUUUUGGAAAAGUUGGAUUUGCCUUCUGUCGGGGAAUUCCUUUUGAAACCAGGCCCUGAACCGAUUUCGGAUACAUUGCUAGCUUUUCUUCGAGUUUUCAGUAUGAGGAAAUCUGAGCUCGAUCAUUGGCUAGAAUCCGAUAAAGUUUUCGAUUUAAAACAUAUAGACUGCGCCCUUGAGACUGUCGUCGAGGAAAAUGUUAGGAAAUUUUUGUUAGCUCGAUUGAAACUUCUAAUUGCGAAUUAUCCCACUUCUCAAGAGGAAGACAUAGAGAUUCUGAAAUCCACUCUACCUCAAUUGAAGAAACUAGCAAUUCAAUUGAGGCUAACAGAAAAGAAGAUUCUUCAAAACGCUCUUGAUUACGUUGAGCAGUGGAUAAAAGCAUAAAAAUGCAAUUAGCAACAAACAAAAUGUAAUCAAAUUUUACUAUUCUCUGAAGUUUACGUGCCCAAAGAGUUUCAGUAUCAAAUCGCAGAGUCUCCAGACAACCUUAUUGAAUAAACUGCAACUUACUCGAUUUAUACUCUUUUUUUCUCUUAAUCUUUGAGGAUUAGAAUGACAGUGAGAACUGCAUUCUAAUAUAAAAAAUAAUUUAAAUUUUCUGUAAGUUGUCAGAAUUCAUAAAGUGGUUAGUCGUUAAAAAAAACAUGUGUUCGAUUCCUAUAUGAAUCAAAAUCGUACAAAUAACUAUCUAGUUAUUAAAAUUCUUCCUUAUGCAAAAUAUACUAUUCAAAUGAAAACAGCAUAUUUUCUUUAUAAUUAAUAGUUUUCUUUCAUAAGGUAGAAUUAAGAAUUAUUCUACAAAUGCUUCUCAAUCUUGUCGUCGGACAAAGAUUCCCUUUAAUUAUAAGAAAAGGCAUUUAAUGCCAGUGUAGAUGUUUUCUAUUCAAUCUUAAUUGAAAAAUAGAUAUAUUUUUUAUUUGCUUAAUGUUCUUUGAUUUUCUUUGUGUGAAUAGUUUUACUAAAAGUUUUUACAAAGUCAUUAUAAUGUACCAAAAAAACAUCUGCGGCACAUUUGCGUUAGAUAGGAUAAAAUUCAAUAAUUAAGGAUUGUGCUUUUGGUUUUUUACGUUGUGUGUCGAGUUCUUACAUUUGCAAAAACAGCGUUUUAAAAAUUUUUUAUAAAAAAUAUCAGAAACCGAAUAUUUUUCUGGCUUGGAAUUUUGUCAUGCGUGUCGUACGUACAUUUAUUAUUUAUGCUAUUUAUAACGAAUCUUGGUUUUCGAUGAUUAUUGAAUGAAAUUAUAUUUAUACCACUUGUGGAAACUUUUUAAAUUUGCGACGUUGUAAAAUCUUGCUAUUAUAGUUUAAUUAAAU